UCUCAUUGAUAACUUUUUCUCGUGAUCAAGUUUACAAGUAGACAAGCAGAAAACUACAUUUUGAAGCUUUAGCCCAAUUUAUGUGAAUUGACAAUAUGAUACUGUUAAUGCAGUUUCGUAUGCUUAUUAUGUAAUUUCUGUCGAAAAUCUUUAAACCAUAGUAUUUGAAAAAGCAGUUGUAAAUGGUUAUAAUGUCUGAGCAAACAUUUAAUGUUCCUGGGGUACCUCCAGAUCUCCGGAAAGAAGAAACAAUUCAUCAGAUAGCAGAUUCUUUAGAAUACUUGAAUAAGAUGGCAAAUGAUGUAUUCCUAAGGAUAAGCUCAAGAGUGGCAGAAAAUCGAACAAGACUUCAAAAAAUAAAUGAUCGUGUUAAUCUAGCUCAAGCCAGAGUGGAUAAAAUUAGGGGAGGUAGUAAUAAAGCAACCAAAGUAUUUGCAUUAUCUAAAUAUCCUGGAAAGGAAAACUUUGAAGAGUACAAAAUUCUUUUUCCUAGUCAUAAUACUAAUGGUCUCAAGGAGGUGCAGAGACCACAUUAUAAAGUUCAGUCCAAGCACAAAGCUGCAGAUGAUAAAACUUUGAAGGAAAAAUUACAGUUUUAUAGUGUUCAGUUCAAUUCAAAGAAAAAACAAAAAGAAGGCGAAAAUGUACAUGAAGGUCUUGGUGGACUGCCAAAAUCAGUGACUUCUACUAGUUCUCUACUUUUGUUUAAUACUCCAGAAAACUUAUAUAAAAAGUAUGUGAUGUUAGAUCCACUUGGUGUAGUGACAAAAACACGUGCAGCCAUAGAGGAAGAAGAUGAAUUAGCUGAUGCUCCAAGUACCAUUGCUCAUCGAGAGGAGAUGCAAAGGCUUCAAGCAGAAAAUUACUUUUAUAUGCCAGAUAUUGGAAUUGUUCCAGAGAUUGCAGUUCCAGAUUUUCUUCCAAACUUAUUAGGUGUUGCUGAUGAUUUAUCGUACAGUGCUGAUCAAGGACCUUCUAUAGCACCUUCAGUGUUUGGAUCCAAUAUUCCUGAUUUACCAUCAGUAGUUCCUGAACCCGACAUUAUUCCAUCAGUUCCUGACAUAGUUCCAUCACCAGGACCUGUGAAUUCUGCUCAGCCACCUCCUCCCCCGGCUGGAGCACCACCACCUCCACCCCCUCCACCACCUCCUCCUCCUCCAGCAGAUAUGCCACCACCACCUCCACCACCACCUCCUCCUGCUGGUGAUGGUCCUGUUGCUCCUGCUCCAAAAGAAAUUCCAGCUGAAGUGACAGAAGGGGAUGGAAGAUCCAGUUUGAUGGAUGCCAUCAGAAAGGCUGGAGGAGCAGGAAAAGUUAAACUCAAAGCUGUUACUGAAAGAAAAGCAGAAAAAAAGAAAGAAAAAGAAAAGGUUAAAUCUUCUGGAGGAGGAGAAAUGAGUUUGAUGGAUGCAUUGAAAGAUCGAUUAACCGGCAGGAGAAAAGGUAUAUCAGGAGGUGGAGGUGGUAAAAGUGAUAAAACAGACAAUAGUCCCUCAACAGGUGGUGGAUCAGUCAUGGAUACAAUAUCUUCAAAAAUACCUGCUCCUCCUGCACCACCAGGGGGUCAUGAUGAGGAGGAAGAUUGGGAUUAAGGAACUAUUGUACUUACAACAAACAAUUAUAUUACACUUUUAUCUAUGAUUCUGUUUUAGCCCACUUUGCCAAAAAGACAUGCAUGAGUUAUUGCAAUCACUUGGAAUCCACUGAUAAUCAAUAAAUAAUUCUUCUGAAACCACUGGAGCAUUAAUUGGAACCAAACUUCUAUAUAAUUUUAGAACUUUAUCUGAUUUGCAUCCACAUCUGCAAUUAUGAAGCUUUUGAUGGCCUCAAGUGAGAUAAUUAUUCCUUUGACAGAAUGUGUUAUUUGUUAUAAAUGAAAAUGUUCGUAACAAUUUUACAGAAAACUUGAUUUUGUAAUUGACUUUAAAUAUUUUCCCUUAAAUGAUCCAACAAAAUGCACCAGUUCAUGCACAAAAGGCAAAGCUACAUAACCCAUUUUGGACAGCAAAGAAAAACACACUUUUCUGUUAAAAACCUGUACAGCAGUAUAUUUAUUGAUAUCCGGUAAUACAAACCAAGUAUGAAUAAUAAUAUAUCUCGUCUUAAACAUAAUCCUUUUAUUACGUAUAAAGUUACUGUAUGUAGUACAAAGAUUAAGGUAAUAAGAUACAUAAAUUACAGUUGAGUGAUGCAAACUCCUUCAGUUCAUAGGUUUCAUUACAGUAAACACAGUCAUAUUGUAUAUGUUAAGCUGCCAUUUUGUUGAUCAUAAAUACUUAUUAAUUAUUAAAAGAGAGUGUUUGCAAUAUGUUUAAAAUUUAAGUGCCAGAGUAGUGAUUUUUAUUAUGAAUUAAUCUUUGUAAGAUUUUUUACAUAUCAAUGCAGUUUCAGUACAGGAAGACCCAAUCUUCUACAAUACCAAUAACAAACUACACAAAUUCAAAGCACUAAAAGAAAAGAAACAUUUUAGUAUUGAUUCUAACUAUAAAUUAAAAAAUAUGUAUUUAUCCCAAAACAUUUCAAAAACAGGGAUUGUAAAACAACAGUAUGAUUAUAACCAAAUAAAUAAGUCUGUUCAACCAAUAAACUUCACCAGUUACUUAUGUUAUAAGCAUAAAAAGCUGGGUUAAAAUAUUCACUUUAAUUUAUGUUUCAUGUGUUUGAGCUUUUGAUUUUGCCAUUUUAUAAAGGACUUUCCUUUUUGAAUUUUCCUUGGAGUUUGGUAUUUUUGUUAUUUUAUUUUUUAUUUAAUUAAGGUCUGAAAAAGAACAAUUAUUUGUUCUUCUUCAGUAUCAAUUUUUCAAGUUUCCAUGUAUUUAAAAAUAUAUUGCUGCAUUAUUAAAUAAACAAAUACUGAAUUUACUGCAAAAGACAAGAUUGUCCAUGAUAUUUUUUCCUGUCUGUUUAAAGGGGCAUUAGCUGUCAAAUUCAUGUUCACUAAUUUGACUCAAAUCCUCAUAUUUGAUUUAUAACAUACUAAAAUGUAUAUUCAAAUAAUAAAAAGUCUAAAAUAAACAAUUUUAGAAGCACGGACUCGAUAAUAUGUAUCAGCAUUGUGUGUGUAUUUUAGUUUAGACGCCAUCUAAUUAACCAUUGAGGUGACCUUCGAAGACUGCAGACAGUCAUAUAACCUGAUAUAAACAUAGACAUAGAUAUAAAUAGAUAGCAAACUCAUGCAAUUGGAUUUUUAUAGGUCUGUUUGAUUUCAUAUUAUAGGUUUAAAAAAUAUGUUAAUAAUCGUUUUUACCUGUAUAACAAUGAGUUUUUGUAGAUCGAAUCAUUCAACCAAAUGGUUAACCCUUGUUUCACUUCCAAUGUUGACAUUCUUUUCUUUUUAAUAGCUGAACACGCCUAGUUCAUGCGUAACCCAUCUCUGUCUAAUGGGUUUAAUUGAAGUUCACAUGAAUACGGAUUUAAUGAGGUCGAAUUAUUCACUUGCAAGUGAAUAAUUCAUAAGCAAUGUUUCUUUGCUUAUUUUGACAAAACUGAACCAAACUGGCUGCUAAAAGCGAAUUAUUAUAUCACUAUUUCUCUUUCAUUAAUGAUUGAAAAAAAAAAUCAUAUUUUAUUUUUUUCCAUAUCUCGUAGCGAAUGCCCCUUUAAAGUAAAAAAAAAUGUAACAAUGAGUUAGUCCUUAUGUCUGAUAUCAAAACUGUCUCUGUUAGACCUUUACAUUUAAUUUUGCUUAGCUUUGACACAAGUAUUUUUGUUGUAAUCAUGAUUGUUUUUGCAAGAAAUAUAUAGUGGGAUAUCUCCCCUAUUAUUCUAAUUAGCACAGUUUGUAUUAACAUAAGAAACAAAAUCAAAGGCUGCAUGCUUUUACACAUUGCUACAUAUAAUAAAUUUAAGUGAAUAAAGAUUAAUGCUUGUGUUUGUAAUUGUUUUAUUACUAUUUAAAAUGAAAAUAAUCUGACUAUUAUUUAAAACUUGAUACAUUAAUAGAUGAAAUCAAUUUUGUUAAAAACGUUUAGGUCAUAUUAAUGGCCUUAAAAUGAUUUACAAGAGACAAACUAUCAUAAAAAAGAAGUAUUUGCCCUACUUAUAUUUAAAACAGAUUUUUUUAUUCAUUCAAGCUUUACCAUAACGUGCAAUUUACAUCACAAAGUUCAUUUCCUUGUCUGCAAUUAUGUAUUAUCUCCAAGUGAGGUUAAGGCCAUUAUGGAUAAACUUUAGAUAUUAGGAAUUCCAUAUUUUGGAGAAGGCAAAUACAUGAAAACUUUUUAGUUCCUCACAAGACCUUUGCUCAUUUUCGAUUAGAUUCUUGUAGCUUUUGGGAUAUAUACUAUCAAAAUCUAUAUCCUUUCAACAGAACAAUACACAUGUACAUGUGUUGUUAAUUUGACUCAAAAUUCUCCCUCUCUUUUCAAAUUUAACCAAGUGGCCAAUAAAUAUAUACUUUCAUUUCUUUAGAAAGUUUUAAUUUGUGAAAAUAGGGACCUAGUUUUUUGUGAAAAGAUGACCGAAAGUGAAAAUAUUUAUAGAAUGCUUCUUUAAUCUUAGUACACAACUGUUCUAAAUAUUUUUGUUUGUAAUAUGCCAUUACAACAUAAUCUGAUUUGUCAAAGGAAAACAUGCCAUUUUCAAACUUUCACAUUGAGGGUCUUUAUGGGGAUUGAUAUCAAAAUCUGUCACAAAUUAGAUUUGUAUGGUAUAAUUUCCAAAAGCAAUCAUGUUGUUAAUUUACAUUCAUUAUUGUGAGUUCAGAUUAUAAAAAAAGCUUUAAUGUAGAUAAAAUGCUGUAAAAAGGACCUAAUGGAUAAAAAUUUGAAUGUUUCUUUAAAGAAACAGAAUGAAUGUUGAAAGUACAAGUAAAACUUUGCUGUUGUAUAAAAGUUCUGGAAUGUAUGUUUGUAUAGAUUUGUUAAUAAGGUAAUUAUUUCAUUACUGAUGCAUCUAUUACACAAAUUUACUGUAAAAUAUUGUUAAUUAUAUUAUAAUGUUAUAAUAAAGAUGUUUAUUUUAAUUUAA